GAAUUCUUCGGUGAAGGAGGGAGUUGAUACUCUUCUAAUGUACCUUUAUAGAGCUCUGAAUCAUAUAGAUGAAAUGGAGCAGCUGGCGUCCUCCCCAAACAGUUGUGUUGUGGAGGAGUUAGAAACUCUGUUAGAUGACUCUGGGCAUUUACGGACGCUUGCCUUCCUGUAUGCAAGUAAAGGGAUGAGCUCAAAGGCUCUUGCAAUCUGGCGUAUUUUGGCGAGAAAUUAUUCAGCUGGCUUAUGGAAAGACCCAACUGCAGAAAGAGACUCUCGAGAUAACUGUACAAGUUUAAUCUCUGGCCAAAUGAUAGCUGCAAUUGAAGCAUCAAAGCUUCUGGAGGAGAUAUCUGAUCAAGACAUAGUUCUACAACAUCUAGGAUGGAUUGCAGAUAUAGACCAAGAACUGGCAGUUAGAGUAUUAACAUCAGAGAAAAGGGCCAAUCAGCUUUCACCAGGUAAUUUUUCAUGCCUGAAGAGAAUUCAAGGCAUCUGGUUUGGUUUUUCCUUUGCUCUCUUGUGCGAGCACGAUAAAUGCUAGGAUUUACUUCAAAGAAAAGGAAAACAAUACAACUAAACCAGGGUCUUUCAAUUUGUUUUGACUCUGGAUCCUUCCUCUUGCAUGU